AUGGCGGCGGCGGCAGGGGCGCCGGUGUCGGCGCCGCCGCAGGGGCCGCGCGGGUGGCUGCGGAGCGCGCUGCGCUUCGCCACCGACCGCAGCGACUUCCGCAGGAACCUGCUCGUGAACCUGGGGCUCUUCGCCGCCGGCGUGUGGGUGGCCCGCAACCUGACGGACAUCGACCUGAUGGCGCCGCAGCCCAGCGCGUAGCGCCCGAGCUCGGCGAGAAGCGCGGCUCGCGGCGGGAGCCGCCCGCGGAGCAGCCCCCCAGCGCCCCGCUCCCGGCGGGAGAGGACGGGAGGGAGAAUCCACCCGCGCAGCGCCCCAGGUGCCCCGGGAAGAGUUUCCGUGAAGUCUCCGCGUGCGUGGGAUUUGCCGCUGUACUGCCGCCUCCCUGUUUCAUUAAAGCGUGCGGAAUAACGAUGUGA